AUGGUCAAAUUAAUGGACGAUCAUUUGAAGCCAAAGCUCUCAGAAGUUAUGGAAAGGUGCAUAUUCAACCAAGCACGACAACAAGUCAAUGAAAAAGUCGCCGAUUUCGCCACAAGACUAAAAACCCUGUCGUUAAACUGCAAUUUCACGGAUCUAAAAAUCGCAUUGCGCGAUCAGUUCGUAUGUGGUAUACGUGAUGAAGAUAUCAGAAUCACGCUCUUCAAAAUGGAAAAACUAGAUUAUGACAGUGCUUUGAAAGAAGCAAUAGCAAAAGAAUCACCAGUGGUAAACGCAACUGCAUCGAUGAACGCAUUGGAAGGGAAGCAGCAAAGCGAGCAGAGCAGCAGCAAUGAACGUAAAAGUAAGAGCGAGCCGGGCAGAAGUAAACAAAACACCGAAUGUUAUUGGUGCGGUAAGGCGAAUCACGUGCGCACCGAGUGCUACUUCAGGAAUGCUGAAUGCCGCCGCUGCAAAGGAAGAGGACACUUGGAGAGAGUCUGCAAGAAGAAAAAAGCAGCACUAAACAAGAUAGAGGAAGACGACGACGACGAUGAUGACAGCGAGGCCAAAACAUCGCAAUACUCUACACACCGCGAGGACUUCUACCAACUCGAAACAAGCCAGCGCAAGCAUGAAUGCUUACACAUAAGCGGUAAUGGUAUAAAAGCGAACGUGGAACCCAUGUACAUCGGUGUUGGGGUAAACGGGAAGGAAAUAAACAUGGAAAUCGAUUCAGGGACGUACGUAACGGUGAUCUCUGAGUACGAAAAAAACAAGCAGUUUGAAGAUUUAAAUAUUACUAAAACGUCAGUAAAAUUGCGCACGUACGAUAACAAAGAACUGAAACCGAUCAGCAAACUAACGAACUUGGCAGUCGAAUUCAAUAAUGUAAAAUGCACCGUGGAUUGUUUUGUAAUGCCGGGGAACGGUCUCAUCUUAAUCGGUCAACAAUGGCUAGCAGCAUUGGACAAAUACAAGGAAUUAUUUAGCGUCGAGCCGGGCUUGUACAAUAAGAGUAAAAUCAAAAUCUAUCUAAAAGAAGGGGCUCGCGCGGUAGCGUCAAAAUACAGACACAUACCAGAAGCGCUGAAGCCACUGGUAGAAAGAGAAAUGAAAAGAUUAGUAGGGUUGAAACACUUAAAUAAAGUUGAAAGUAGCGAAUGGGCUACGCCACUCGUACCCACAUUUAAAAGUAAUGGUAACAUUAGACUUUGUGGAGAUUUCAAAUUAACAUUAAAUCCGUGGAUCAUAAUCGAUAAAUAUUCUUUGCAUAUGAUCCAAGAAAUAUUUUUAGUCUUACAAGGCGGAGAAUCGUACUCAGAACUAGACGUGUAUGACUGUUACAUGCAGUUCGAACCAGACGAAGAAAGUGCAAAGUUAUUAACGGUUGUAACGCACCUAGGUUUGUACCAAUACACAAAGCUACCGGAGGGGGUGUCUACCGCGCCCGCAGACGUCCAAAAGAAAAUGGACGAAUGCCUAAGAGGACUGAAAGGCGUAAUUUCGUAUAUCGAUAACAUCUACGUAACGGGUCGGACUAAAGAGGAACAUGUAAAGAAUUUAAAAGCGGUAUGCGAGCAAUUAGUCGAAAAUGGAUCAAGAUUAAAUAAAGAUAAAUGCAAACUUAUGCAGGAGAAAAUCGAAGUUUUGGGAUUUGUUAUAGAUAAAAACAGAUUGCAUAAAGCUGAAUCUAAAGUCGAUGCCAUGAUUAAGGCACCGAGACCAAAAAAUUCCAAAGAAUUAUUGUCAAUCUUAGGGUCAAUUGAUUUUUACGCGCAAUUUCUCAAAAACAGAUCGUAUAACCUAAGGCCGCUGUAUGAAUGUGCAAAUGCAAAAGGGUUCUUAUGGACUGAAAAUUGUGAAAAAGCGUUCGAAUGGGUUAAAGACUAA